AUGGGAGAUUUAAAUUUGAAACCAAAAAUUAGAAUUGGUGCUGUGAUCGCAGAGCAAUGGACAAUUAAAAAGAAAUUGGGUGAAGGCAGCUGCGGUACUGUUUUCCUAUUGGCCAACAUUUCAAAUCCGAAAGCUCAUGCAGCAAUGAAAGUGGAACCACUAAUGAUGAAUAGUAAUGAUGAGAUACUGAAAAUGGAAGUAUUCGUGUUGAAAAAAAUGCAAAAAUCGAAACACGCUUGCCGGUUAUUUUGUGCAGGCCGUACAAGCACUUUUAAUUAUAUGAUAAUGUCACUUCUCGGAAAAAAUCUCAGUGAUUUACGAUAUAUGAUGCCUUCGAGACGUUUCACUACAAGCACAAGCCUAAGAUUAGGCAAACAAGGAUUACAAGCUCUGAAAGAUUUGCAUACUACUGGAUUUAUACACCGUGAUGUGAAACCGCUCAAUCUUUCCCUCGGAUCAACACCGUCUACAAAACGAAUUCUAUUCUUAUUUGAUUUUGGCUUAUCACGACAAAUUUUUCUACCGGUACAAGGAACAAAUGAAAUGAAACUUCGAGAGCCAAGAAAAAAAGUAACUUUUAGAGGUACCGUUCGUUAUUGUUCCAUUAAUGUACACCAACAUAAAGAACAAGGUAGACACGACGACUUGAUAUCAUUGAUAUAUACCAUUGUUGAGCUUAUCACUGGUGAAUUACCUUGGCGAGGACUGAAUCGACGUGAGUGUGCCACUGUCAAAGCAAGUAUACCAGACAAAAAACUUUUCAACCAAUGUCCUGGAAAUUUCACAACAAUUUAUACGUAUCUAAAGGGACUUGAAUAUAACGAUUUGCCGAAUUAUGAAUUUAUCGUUAAAAAAUUUGAUGAUACUUUAUCAAGCAAAAACAUCAAAGAUGAAUCACCAUAUGAUUGGGAAAGCGGUGGGCGCUAUUUUGAUGAUGUAGCUGGUAAAGUGAUGCCUAAAAGACAUAGAAAUCCGGAUGAACAAGUGGAGAAAGACUCGUCAUCAACAGUGAAGGAAGAAGUACCAUCAACGGAGGAAGGACCAUCAACAGAGGGAGGUGAUUCGGAGAUGAUGGGAAUUGAUAAAGAAAAUACUCUCGAAGAUUUACAGGACAUUAAAUAA